GUUCUGCUCGUCGUAUUUGAGAAUUCUUACUCUGCUCAGUUCUUCUGGGGACACUCCUAAUCUGUUUCUGGUACUCGCACUCAAAAAUCGCCAGAGAAACCGAAAAUGGAGAUGUUCUACUAUCUCGUGUUUGGCGCAUUGGGUGCGGUGGUAGCAGCACUCGAGCUGAGCAAGACCAACAAAGAUCGAGUCAUCACAUCUUCAGCAUUCAAUUCCUUCAAGAACAAUUACCUUCUCGUUUAUUCACUUAUGAUGGCUGGAGACUGGUUGCAAGGUCCAUAUGUCUACUACCUUUACAGUACAUAUGGAUACGGUAAAGGGGAGAUUGGCCAACUUUUCAUUGCUGGUUUUGGGUCAUCCAUGCUGUUUGGAACCAUUGUGGGAUCUCUAGCUGACAAACAGGGACGGAAGAGGGCUUGUGUGACUUACUGUAUAACUUACAUCCUGAGCUGCAUCACUAAACACUCACCGCAGUACAAAAUCUUGAUGUUGGGCCGUGUUUUGGGAGGUAUUGCCACCUCAUUACUGUUUUCAGCAUUUGAGUCAUGGCUUGUUGCGGAGCACAACAAGAGGGGCUUUGAACAACAAUGGUUAUCAUUAACAUUUGCAAAGGCUAUAUUUCUUGGAAAUGGUCUCGUUGCUAUUGUGUCUGGGCUCUUUGGAAAUGUACUUGUUGAUUCUUUGUCUCUUGGACCUGUGGCACCCUUUGAUGCUGCUGCCUGCUUUCUUGCUGUUGGUAUGGCCAUUAUAUUAUCAUCAUGGUCGGAAAAUUAUGGGGAUCCUUCUGAGAACAAGGACUUGCUUACCCAGUUCAGGGGUGCUGCUGUGGCCAUUGCUUCCGAUGAGAAAAUUGCCUUGUUAGGUGCCAUACAGUCUCUCUUUGAAGGUUCAAUGUAUACCUUUGUGUUCCUAUGGACUCCAGCUCUGAGCCCAAAUGAUGAAGAGAUUCCUCAUGGAUUUAUUUUUGCAACAUUCAUGUUAUCUUCAAUGUUGGGAAGCUCACUUGCAUCUCGGUUGAUGGCUCAUCCAUCCCCCAGAGUAGAGAGCUACAUGCAGAUUGUUUUUUUAAUCUCUUCUGCAUCACUAAUCCUUCCCAUUCUGACCAAUUUCUUGGUAGCUCCUUCCAGGGUAAAAGGUGGAAGCAUCUCAUUCUCGGGCUGCAUUCAGGUUCUUGGCUUCUGUGCUUUUGAGGCUUGUGUUGGCAUAUUCUGGCCAUCUAUUAUGAAGAUGAGAUCGCAAUAUAUUCCUGAGGAAGCCAGGAGCACCAUCAUGAACUUUUUCCGCAUUCCUCUGAACAUUUUUGUGUGCGUUGUGCUCUACAAUGUUGAUGCAUUCCCUAUCACUGUUAUGUUUGGGAUGUGCUCUAUCUUCCUUUUUGUGGCAUGUGUCUUGCAGAGGCGACUAUUGGUGAUUGCAGAUAAGCCAAAAACAGAAGAUUGGGAAUUGAGGGAAAGGGACACCGAGUCAGAGCCCUUAAACAUGUGAGAAUGAUGUUCUGUGGAAGGUUGGAGGCUCUGAUUGACCAGAUACUUCAGUCUACAUAUAUUGGAUCGUGUCUAAGCGCCAUCAGGCGCUACUUGACUAUGAAGGUACAGCUUAUAAAAGAAUACUGGUCUGCCCAAAAAUGGGAAGGAGGGGACGAAAACUAUAGGUUGAACAAUUCCGUUGGUGCUUUUGGUAGAAAUACUGUAGUGCAAUAGAUGUCUCUUGGCUAUUACUCGAGGAGAAAUCUCCAUUUUGGUAGUUCUCAUGUUUAUUCUUUUGGGGGGCGGGAUCUCCAGUUUGUCCCGUUGGGAAUGGAAUACUUGCCAUGCUAUUUCUUUCAUCGUCUUAUUUUUACUGUUGUAAUGGGAGCUGAACUUACAUUCUCCUAAUGCAUUCUCUUCUUCA